CACAACGCCUUCAACCCACCGCUUGCACCCUGUUCGAAGUCGAAACCUCCCGCUAAACCUCCCCAAAACGAGUUCUCAGCCCCGUCGCCCCCGCGCACACCCCUCCGCGAGCUAGCGAUCACCACCUAACAAAUCUCGAAUUACAUGAGGGCGGCGCCUGCGGUCGUCACCUCUGCAGCUGAAGGGUAGAGAUGGCGGUCAACAGGAUAAGAGGCGCCUUCGCGGUACCUAGGAAAGGGGAGACAUUCGAGCUGAGGGCAGGUCUGGUGUCUCAAUAUGCAUACGAAAGGAAAGAGGCUAUCCAGAAGACGAUCAUGUCUAUGACGUUGGGCAAAGACGUGUCCGCGUUGUUUCCAGAUGUCCUCAAGAAUAUAGCAACAUCUGAUCUGGACCAGAAAAAACUAGUCUAUCUAUACUUGAUGAAUUACGCCAAAUCACAUCCCGACCUCUGCAUUCUCGCGGUAAACACUUUCGUUCAAGACUCCGAAGACCCCAAUCCUCUGGUGCGCGCGUUGGCAAUACGGACAAUGGGUUGCAUUCGGGUUGACAAAAUGGUGGACUACAUGGAGGAACCUCUAAGAAAGACUCUACGGGACGAAUCUCCUUACGUUCGGAAAACCGCUGCCCUAUGUGUUGCGAAACUCUUCGACCUCAACCCCUCGAUGUGCCUGGAGAACGGAUUCCUGGAGUCUUUACAAGAAAUGAUUGGCGAUCCUAACCCCAUGGUGGUAGCGAACUCCGUAACUGCGUUGGUGGAAAUUCAAGAGUCAGCACCAGAGACGAAGGCAUUCGCUAUAAAUGCAGCCACGUUAAAGAAGAUGCUCAUGGCUCUCAAUGAGUGCACGGAAUGGGGACGGGUCACCUUACUCACAACUCUCGCGGACUACAAGGCAAUAGACACAAAGGAGGCAGAACACAUUUGCGAAAGGGUGUCCCCGCAAUUUCAACACGUCAAUCCAAGUGUGGUGCUCGCAGCCGUCAAAGUUGUGUUCCUCCACAUGCGACAUGUUGGUCCUGAACUUGCCAAAUCCUACCUUAAGAAAAUGGCCCCUCCUCUAGUUACCUUGGUCUCAUCUGCACCUGAGGUCCAGUACGUUGCCCUGCGAAACAUCGACCUAAUACUGCAGAAGCAACCGGAUGUUCUCAGCAAGGAAAUGCGAGUCUUUUUCUGCAAAUAUAACGACCCUCCCUAUUUGAAGCUCGAAAAGCUAGAGAUCAUGGUUAGGAUUGCAAACGACAAGAACGUCGACCAGCUCUUGGCAGAACUGAAGGAGUACGCUAUGGAGGUUGAUAUGGACUUUGUCAGGCGUGCAGUCAAGGCAAUCGGUCAGGUGGCUAUCAAGAUUGAGAGUGCGAGCGAGAAGUGUGUUAACACUCUCCUUGAUCUCAUUAAUACCAAGGUCAACUACGUUGUGCAAGAAGCCAUCGUGGUCAUCAAGGAUAUAUUCCGGAGAUACCCUGGAUAUGAAGGUAUCAUUCCCACGCUUUGCCAAUGCAUUGAUGAGCUCGACGAGCCGAAUGCUCGAGGUGCUCUCAUUUGGAUCGUUGGAGAGUAUGCGGACAAGAUCAACAAUGCCGGCGAUAUCCUUUCUGGAUUCGUUGAUGGGUUUAGCGAGGAGUUCACACAGACACAACUACAGAUUUUGACGGCUGUGGUCAAACUGUUUCUCAAAAAACCGGACCAAUCGCAAGGUCUAGUACAAAAGGUUUUGCAGGCGGCCACCGCGGAAAACGACAACCCCGAUAUCAGAGACCGAGCAUACGUAUACUGGAGACUGCUAUCCAGUGACCCACAAAUUGCAAAGAACAUCGUCCUGUCUGACAAGCCUCCAAUCACAUCCACAAUCCAAUCACUACCGGCGCCUCUCCUCGAGCAACUUCUCACAGAACUUUCAACGCUAGCGUCAGUGUAUCACAAGCCACCAGAGACAUUCCUCGGACAGGGCCGAUUCGGAGCAGAAGCUAUGCAAAAGGCUGCAAUUGAGGAGCAACAACAAGAGGCUCGAGAAAACCCGAUCGCGGCAGCCGCCGCUGCUGCAGCUGUCUCAGGAGGGACAGCUCCGCAGAACGCAGAGAAUCUCCUCGACUUCGAUUUCGAUGGCUCGGCGCCUGCAUCAAUGCAAACAAAGCCACCGCCGGGAUCCUCAGGUUUGGAGGGUCUCGCUGGUACACCGCAGAGAGUUGCAUCCCCGGCAUCCAAUGCGCCAGCGAACAACAUGGACGACUUAAUGGGUCUAUUCGGGGACAACAACCCCAGCAUGACGGCGCAGAUGACGAACGACGACAUACUGAACGGGUUUGGAGGCUUAAAUCUUGGAGGCUCCAGCCAGCCUCCGCCCGCGAAUCAGCAGCUGGGUAGUCCGGCGGGACCAAAGAGCAACCAGGAGCUUCUGGAUUUGUUUUAAUGCAGGGUGCCGCGGAAUGGUGCAGGUGGAUUAGCGUGUGUAACACUUGUUAGAGGUUGGUAGCGGGCGGCAACUGGCAGAGCCAGUGCAGUAGCGGACGAGUAGCAAUCCAGCAGUAAUCACACAAAAUACUACAGGGCCUCCUCAUGAGUCUGCAUGCUGAGCCGUCACUGUUUGAGAUGCUUUAACGUGAUUUCAGAAAUGUAAAUACGAUGGAGGCUCUCAAACACUAAAGAUUGGGGCUACCAUAAUCUCUCAGC